AUGGUUUAUAUUUACGUGAUUGGUGGGUUUUUUUUAAAGAAGAAACUCAAGAAAUUUUUACAACCUGGUUAUAUUUGUGAAGGAGGAGGACAAAGUAGUGGUGUUGUUGAAAAUGCUUCCAAAGCUAUUACUUCUACUUAUCAGUUAGUUUUUGGUAGUAAAACAAAAUAUGCAGGACUUUCUUAUUUAGGAUUAAACCAACCUGAAACAGCUCAAAAACUUUUAGAAGAAAUUACAUUUCGCCCUUUUAUUGUUGAAUUAGAAAAUAUAUCUGUUUUUGUUGGGUGUCUUG